UGUCUGAAGGCAGCAGAAUCAUCAUCCUACUUGUUGGAUCUUCAACCCUUGUCCUUCUUUCCUUACUAAAAUGCAACGCCAGUUCUUGCGGAGGAGAUAUGCAUAACAUCACCUUCCCCUUCAAAUUAAAGGACGUCAGUAAACAACAAUGCUUAUUUGACAAUUUCUUCGCUCUCUCCUGCGAGAACAACACAACAUACAUCUCCUUAUACUCCGGUAAAUACCACGUUCACUCCAUCAAUUACAUCAACCAUUCCAUUCGUCUCUCCCCUGUCGGCAUAGAUCAUAAAUCCAACUCAUGUUCAUCUCUCCUCUACUCUGAAAACCUCAGAACUACCCAUCUUCACGAUCAUUACAGUUUGUUAUCUCAAUUUAUAAGCUCUGCACAAGUAAUAUUCUUGACCUGCAAAUCUCCAGUAAAAUCUCGACCCUACUACAUAGAAAUUCCCACUUCCUGCAAUCUAUCAUUGUCUAGGGGGGGACAACAAGUGUACGCUAUGGUCGCCACUGCAAACGUAGUGGGUGAUAUUGAAGAUUCUUGUACGGUGGAAACAAUCGCUUUUACCUCUGAUCCGAAAUUGGUAGAUGGAAUCAAAAGACACGGUCUGAUUUCUUACCAAGAUAUUCAUAACAGUUUGGCUUAUGGGUUUGAUCUCUCUUGGGGAUACCGGUUCUGUGGAGAUUGUGAGAGAAGGGCUUUGUGUAUGGGUGAUGAUCCAAAUCUUUGCUCGAAUGAAGGUUGCUGGAAUCGAGGAGUCUUAUUGAUAUACUCGCCGGCAAUCUUUGCACCUAUUGAUAAAAUGAUUCAUCAUGUCCUAGUCUUUAUACAGGGAGAGAAGCUACAUGCUGAAUUCUUGCAUUGGGCAACCAACAACUUAAUCUAUUCACUUAUUGUGAAUACCCUGGUCUUCAUCGUACGAAUCAUAAUUAUAUGGUUCCUUUUAAGAUUUUGUUGUAUGCCAUGCACAUUUGGCUUUUUGAUCUUCAAAUUUAAGAGGAGGCAUUUCUCAACGUUUGAUAAUAUUGAAGGUUUCUUGAGGGGUGAGAACAAUUUGUUACCUAUAAGGUACUCUUAUUGGGAGAUUAGGAAGAUGACUAAUGUGUUUCGGGAUAAACUGGGGGAAGGAGGAUACGGUUCUGUAUACAAAGGAACUCUUCGUAGUGGAACACUCGUUGCUGUAAAGAUGUUGACCAAAGCUAAAUCGGAUGGACAAGAAUUCAUGAAUGAAGUAUCUACCCUAGGAAGAAUUCAUCAUGUCAAUGUGGUUCGAUUGGUUGGAUAUUGUGCAGAAAGGUAUCAACGUGCUCUUGUUUAUGAAUUCAUGCCCAACGGAUCACUUGAGAAGUAUAUAUUCUCGAAAGAAGAAAAUGUGUCAUUGACUAAUGACCAAAUUUUCACAAUUGCCUUAGGAGUGGCCCGUGGAAUCGAGUAUCUGCAUCGAGGUUGCGACAUGCAAAUCUUGCAUUUCGAUAUCAAACCACACAACAUCCUUCUUGAUCAUGAUUUCACCCCCAAGAUUUCAGACUUUGGGCUUGCGAAACUUUACCCUGCACAACAUAGUAUUGUGCCCCUAACUGCAAUAAGAGGAACCAUGGGCUACAUUGCACCCGAACUAUUCUAUAGAAAUAUCGGAGGGGUAUCGUAUAAAGCAGAUGUAUAUAGUUUUGGUAUGUUGUUGAUGGAAAUGGCUGGUAAAAGGAAGAACUGGAGUUCAUCUGUUGAUAGAUCAAGCCAAAUCUUCUUUCCUUGUUGGGUUUACAACCAAGUUGUUAGUGUUCAUGGUCCUAUUGAAAUGGGAGACCAAAUUAUAAACAAGGAUGAAGAGAUUGUACGCAAGAUAAUGUUGGUGGCUUUGUGGUGUAUUCAAAUGAAGCCGAGUGAUCGACCUCCCAUGCACAAGGUUGUGGAAAUACUUGAAGGCAAUAUCGAGCACAUCGAGAUUCCUCCUAGAUCUUUUUUGUUCGAUCGGGACAUGUCAACCCCAAACAAUAUGUAUGACAAUCUAUCGGGUGCUGGUGUGGAUGCCAUAACUAUGGAUUUAAGUGCACGAUGA